AUGCUCAGAAAACGGCCCUUGAGGGUUGGUAACGUAUCAGGCGCGACAGGCGAUAGCCCCAAUGCCAUGCGACGGAUGGCGCAGGAUGGCAACGUCGAUGUGAUUGUAGGUGACUGGCUAUCUGAAAUGAACAUCGCAUGGAAUGCUAUCGCCAAGGCCCAGGAUCCUUCUCUCGGCUACGAGGCUGGCUUUCUCCUACAGCUGAGCGAGUCCAUUGAUCUUAUCAUGGAGCGCGACAUCAAAGUGGUCACCAAUGCCGGGGCGUUGAAUACCGCUGCCCUGGCGGCGGAGACUCGGGCAAUCUCUCGGGCCCGAGGACAUCAUGAGGCGAAAAUUGCGAUGGUUUUGGGAGAUGAUAUAUCGGGUCUGAUCAAAGACCCUGAGGUCCGCCGCAAUUUGACUCAUUUGGAUCACGGUGACUGGCGAUUCGAAGACUGGCCCAUGGAAGCUUACUGCGGUGUGGCUUAUAUCGGCGCUUGGGGGAUUGUCGAAGCCCUCAAUGCAGGAGCCGAUAUCGUGAUUUGUGGCCGAGUUACCGAUGCUUCUCCAGUGAUUGCUGCUGCCGCUUGGUGGUAUCAGUGGGGCCGAAAUGCUUGGGAUAGUCUGGCGGGAGCUUUAAUUGCAGGCCAUUUGAUUGAGUGUGGUCCGUAUAUUACUGGCGCCAACUUCUCGGGAUUCAAAACGCUGCUCCCAAAACUCAUCGAUCUCUCGUUCCCCAUCGCCGAAAUCAACGAAGACGGGACAUGCGUAAUUACGAAGUGUGAAGGGUAUGGUGGCGCGGUCACCAAGCACAAUACCACAGCCCAGUUUCUGUAUGAGCUCCAAGGGGAGCAAUACCUGAAUCCGGAUGUUGUGGCAAAUCUCCACGAUAUUCAGAUCCAGGACAUUGGGCCAGACAGGGUCCACGUCCAUGGAGUAACCGGAGUUCCUCCUCCAGCGACCACCAAAGCGAUUAUUGCAGCGCGCGGCGGAUACCAGGCUGAGGCCACGUUUUACAUUAACGGGCUCGAUGUGACCGAAAAGGCGGAGAUGAUGCGCAAUCAGCUUUUGCAUAUUUUCCGGGAUCACUCGUUCAGCAAACUGUCCAUUGAGCUAUACGGCUCGCCUGCAGUGGAUCCCAAGAGGCAGCAGGCGGGAACAGUCUCGCUGCGCGUAUUUGCGCAGGCCAGGAAUUUGGAAGAUAUAUCCGCACUGAAGUUUAAGAUUCCGAUUUAUGCAUUGCGCAUGCAGAGCUAUCCUGGGUACCACAUGAACCUCGAUUUCCGAACUAUGGACCCAAAACCAUUCAUGGAAAUCUUUCCGGCAACAAUAAGCUGCAGUCUUGUAAAGCACCGCGUUCGGAUCUUACCAAACGGCCCGGAGAUUCCAAUUGUUACGCCCCCUUCAACCACCAAACUCACACCACAACCCACCUACGAAACCCUCCACCCAACUACACUAUCCAUGUUCGGACCAACAGAAGAAGCCCCGCUGGGGAGCAUCGUCCACGCUCGAUCUGGCGACAAAGCAAACAACAGCAACAUCGGCUUCUUCGUUCGCACCGAAGAAGAAUAUCCGUGGUUGCAAUCGUUCCUGACAAUUCCUCGGCUGAAGGAGCUUUUCGCUGAGGAUUGGGUCGAGAAGACUGAAGAUGGGGACCAUAGACAGGUGGAGCGAUGCGAGUUUCCAAAUAUUUUGGCCGUGCAUUUCCGGGUCUUGGACUUUUUGGACGGUGGCAUUGCGAGCUCUAGUAGAAUAGAUGGACUCGGUAAGGGAGUUGGGGAGUACCUGCGCAGCCGGGUGGUGCCAAUCCCUGUGAAAUUUUUACAGAGGGAGUGGAUUUAG